AUGAGCAGGAGGACAUCCAUCCAUCCAUCCCAAAGGUAUGUUGGUGAGGCAGUUCAAGUGUACUCCUGCUUAAAUUUGACCUCAGUUUUACUAUUGCAGCAAAAUCUAGCAAGUACAAUGACGAUGGUGCUGGAUGCAUUUGCAUCCUACCUGGGGGACUUGCUCAAGCAGGUGGUAGAGGAAGAGCUAGGAACGAUGUUGGGUGUCUCCGGCGAGAUCGACAAGUUGGGCGACAAGUUCCAGGACCUCAAGAACUUCCUCGCUGACGCUGAUAGGAGGAACAUCACCGACGAGACUGUGCAAGAGUGGGUGGGGCAGCUCAAGCGGGCCAUGUAUGAAGCUGCUGACAUCCUCGACCUUUGUCAGCUCAAGGCCAUGGAGCAUGGACCAUCCACCGUAAAUGCAGGGUGUUUUAAUCCCUUGCUUUUCUGCAUGCGCAAUCCCUUCCAUGCUCAUGAGAUCGGCACCCGUAUCAAGGCUCUCAACCAGAGGCUUGACUCCAUCAAGGAGCGCAGUGCUGCUUUCAACUUUAUCAAUCUCAGGUCCUAUGAGGAUCAUAGCAGUCAUGGUAAUCUUAGCCGGGAGACGAUAGGGGACUUUGACCAGUCGGCUGUAGUUGGGGACAAGAUUGAAGAAGACACAAGAGCACUAGUGGCCCAGAUCAUGCAAACCGGAAAGGUCAAUGAUGACAUCAUGGUGGUUGCCAUCGUAGGUGCCGGCGGGAUUGGCAAGACCACCCUCGCGCAGAAGGUUUUCAAUGAUGAGACCAUCCAAGGUGAGUUCAGUAAAAAGUUAUGGUUGAGCGUCAACCAAAACUUCAGUGAUGUUGAGCUGCUGAGAAGAGCCAUCAUCGAAGCCAGAGGAGACCACUCAUCAGCUGGGAAUGUAAAGGCCAUGCUUCACCAAACCCUCAAGGACACCUUGAUUGGCCAAAAGACUUUACUCGUAAUGGAUGAUGUCUGGGACCAUGGAGCAUGGGAGAAUGUGCUCAAAAUACCCUUUGUCAAUGUUGCUGCUUCGGGAAGCAGAGUUCUUAUCACCACUAGAGAUGAAGGCGUAGCUCGACAAAUGAUAGCCAUAUGGCCCUACCACCAUGUUAACACAUUAUUGCCUGAAGAUGCUUGGUCAUUGCUCAAGAGGCAGGUACUCUCAAGUGAGAUAGAUGAAGACCACACAAAUACGCUAAAGGAUAUCGGACUGAAAAUUAUAGAAAAAUGUGGUUAUUUACCACUUGCCGUUAAAGUAAUGGGAGGACUAUUGCGUGAAAGAGGAGGGCUACAUCGUGAUUGGGAGCAUGUUUUGGAUGAUUCUAAAUGGUCAGUAACUAAAAUGCCCCCAGAGAUCAACUAUACAGUAUACUUAAGCUAUGAAUAUAUGCCUUCAUAUUUGAAGCAGUGCUUUCUAUACUACUCUCUUCUUCCUAAAAGUAAACCUUAUAAUAUGGAUCAAGUAGUUGCAAUGUGGAUGAGCGAAGGUUUUCUUCAUGGAAACUCUAGUGAUUUAGAAGAAUUGGGAAGAAAUUACUACAAGGAGUUGCUAUCCAGGAACCUUAUAGAGCCAGAUAACUUGUAUGUUGCUCCAUGGAUUUCCAGCAUGCAUGAUGUUGUUCGCUCAUUUGCUCAUUACAUGACUAAGUAUGAAGCACUCAUAGCUCAAGAUGGAGACACUGAUAUUCUUACUAAACUUAGUUCGCAAAAGUUUCUUCGGUUGACCAUAGAAAGCAAUCAAUUGCAAUCAGGUGAAGUUGACUGGAAAUCUCUACAGGAGCAACAAUCGUUGAGAACACUAAUCUCAACUAUCCAGAUCAAGAUGAAACCCGGUGAUUCAUUGAUUAUGUUUUCUAGUCUGCGGACUCUACAUAUAGAAUUUGCUAAUGUGGUUUCAUUGGUUGAAUCGUUGCAUCAACUCAAGCACCUGAGGUAUUUGAAGCUAGUAAAUACCAAUAUAUCUGUACUUCCAGGGAACAUUGGCAAGAUGAAACUAUUGCAAUUCCUUGACCUUCAUGGAUGUGAAAAUUUGGUGAAUCUUCCUGGUAGCAUUGUGAAACUUGGCCAGCUGAGGUUACUUGAGCUUCCCAGCAUAAGUGUGAUACCUGGAGGGUUCCGUACCCUAACAAAUAUGAGGAAACUAAAUUGGUUUCGAGCCCAUAUGGAUGGUGAAUGGUGCAGUUUGGACGAGUUAGAGUCUCUUUCCCAACUCAGGUUCCUUAGUUUAUAUAAAUUGGAGAACGUAUCUGCUGCCUCGUGUGCUGCUAAUGCUAGGCUUGGUGAUAAAAAGUAUCUUAUCAGACUGUCUUUAUUCUGCACCAGCAGACUGGAAAAUGAUGGGUUGAUAAAAGAGAAAGAAUGUAUCCCUGAGGAAGAGCAGCGACGAAUCGAGAAGGUGUUCAAUGAGCUCUCCCCUCCACCCAGUAUAGAUAAUAUUAUAAUGGGUGGUUAUUUUGGCAAGCAACUCCCAACUUGGAUGAUGUCUGCGACCAUGGUGCCCCUCAAUAACUUGACAUAUAUUAUGUUUGUUGACCUGGCGUGCUGCAGACAACUUCCCGAUGGGUUGUGUCAGCUCCCGAACCUGCAGUUCUUUAAGGUAGACCGUGCUCCAUUCAUCAGGCGUGUUGGGGCUGGAUUCUUGCAGGCUGCGGCUACUCCAUUUCCGAGGUUAAAUGAGAUGUACUUACUAGGAAUGGUGCAAUGGGAAGAGUGGGAGUGGGAGGAGCAAGUACAAGCCAUGCCUAGGUUGGAGAAGCUUAUGCUCAGGAAAUGCAAACUGAGGCGUAUUCCUACAGGCGUUGCCACCAAUGCAAGGGCUUUGAAGGAAUUAUUUCUACAAGACGUCCAACACCUCAACUACCUUGAGACCCUUCCUUCUGUUGUUGAGCUUACAAUGCUUCGAAUCCCCGACAUGGAGAGGAUCACUAAUCUCCCCAAUCUGCAGAAGCUCACGAUCACCGAUUGCCCAAAGCUGAAGGUGCUAGAAAGUAUCCCUGCACUUGAGAGGUUGAUCCUGCAGGAUUAUGUCAUGGAAGAACUCCCAGAAUACAUGCGAGAUAUAAAGCCAAGGAUAUCGCUGCUAUCUUCAUUAGCCGCGGGACAAUCUGGUCCUGAGUGGGACAAGUUCAGCCAUGUGGAGUAUGUCAAGGCAUAUGCAUGUGAUGGAAACAACCCAAGAAAAUGGUACGUUCUAUACACAAGAGACAAUGGCAAGCUGGAGUCCAAUAUUAGCAGCUCUACCGUAUUUGAAGGCGAUACAAUGGCUGCAGAGGAGGAACGACAAGCAGCAGCAGCAGUUGCAUCCGGUCCAGGAGAUGGAAACAAGGAACAAGAAGCAUACCGACUACAAACAGCGGUCUAG